AUGGUUAACGAAGUGCCAACAUUGAAGAAAAAGAUUAUUUUUAAAUAUUUUAAACCACUUCUUACAUUUACAAAAAAAGAAGAUCCUUACGAACUGCGUGUUAAAAGUGCACCGCCUUUGAAUAUUAUUGAGGAAAGAAAAGAACCUAAAAAAUUUGUGCUUUGUAAGCCAGAUGGGACACCAAUAACACUUGAUGAUCUUAGUGAUAUUUCUGAUAGUGAAGAAGAAGAAGACACUAAAUUAGAUAUGAAAGAUAGUAUUAAAGAAGAUGUUAAAGAUAGUAUUAAAGAAGAUGUUAAAGAUAGUAGUAAAGAAGAUGUUAAAGAUGAUGUAAUAGAAGAUGUUAAAGGUAGCAUAAACGAAGAAAUAAAUUCUACUUGUGGAACAUGUUCUUUUAUAAAUCUAAAAAGAGAAAAAAUUUUAAAUGAGCUUUUGGAAAUGUAUAGGGUAGAAGAAUCAGUUCCGUAUUCCUUCGUCCCUACUAAUGUUCCUCAAAUUAUGUAUUCAGUUGGAGAAAUACUUAAUUGUAUAAAUAAAAUACCUUUUACGCUGAAGUUAUUAAAAAAAGAUGUAAACAAAAUACCAGUAAAUUACAAAGAAUUCAAAAUCAAUAAAGAAACAAUUAUUGAAAAGGCAACUUUUGAACUAAAUAAAUUGACAAACACUAAUAUAAAGAGAAUAAUAACAAAUUUGAAGAAUCUUAAUAUUGAAACAAUACAACAAGCUAAAUAUCUUGGAAAUUUGAUUGUUUUUAAAGCUAUUAAUGAACCACAAUACUGUAACUUAUAUGCAAUGGUAGUUGGUGCAUUAAAAAAAGAUUUUAAAUCUAAAGAAGAAUUAGGGCUACAUAAAAAACAGACUGCUUUUUUUGGAACUGUCUUAACUUCUGCUAUGAAAGUUUUAGAAGAAAAAGUGGAAUGGGCAGAUACUAAAGUAUUGGAUAAAAAUUUGUAUAAAACUGCAUUUGAAUAUGAACGAGCUUUUGAAGAACAGGAAACAGAACGAUAUCUACGUAAAAAGAAAACAUUGGGAGCAGUUAAUCUUUUAUGUGACCUUUAUAACUUAGAUGUUAUUACUCUUAAACAUAUUCAGAGUAGAUUGAACGAAUUUUUAAAUAUUGAAAAUGAGGAAGUAGUAGAAGUUCUUGGAAAAUUUAUAGAAAAAAUAGGUGAAAAGAUGUAUCUUAAUGAUAAAUCAGAUUAUGCUAACAUGAUAUGUUCAUAUCUUGAUGCUUGUAAGAAUAAAUAUUCUAAUAGAGUGAAAUUUUAUAUUAUGGAUGUUUUAGAUAAAAAGAAAAACUGGAAGAAGCCAGUAAGUAAGACAGAGAACUUAUUUUCAUCACUUAUAAUGGAAGAUGAACCUGCUUUGGAUACACCAUAUCAAUAUCAAGAACAGGUUAUUGCCAAUGAAGAAGAAGAGGACAGUUUGGAGUUACUUAAAACCAUUGAUAAUAUUUAUCAAGACUUAAAGGAUGCCUAUGACGAGGAAGAUGAAAUUAUGAUUGCUGAUAAUUUUAAGAUAGCUUCUAAUACUUUCGGUAAAAUAUCAUUUUUUUCUACUUACUUUUCUGAAUGUAUUACUAAUUCUCGUAAAUCUAAGUUAUUGGUUCCAUUUGUCAUUAAUUUUUUCAAUGAAACAAAUCUAAAUGAAAGUGAACUAUUUGAUAUUAUUAAUAAACAUAAGGAAAAGUUAAAUGAACUAAAGAUAGACUUCCCUUUGUCACAAAAAAAUUAUGUCACUUUAUGUGAUCAACUUUGUAGUGGACAGAUUAUCAAAGAAGAUACAUAUGAUAAAUUAAUUAUUUAA